AUGAUUCAAGAUUUAAUUGUGCAACUUUUUGAAGAAAUUUUAUCAGCUCCUCGUUAUCCUAAAGUUCAUACUAAAUUCGGCGGAAAUGUUGAAAAUUAUUUCAGUAAUGCAAAUGAUCAGCUUUAUCCUUGCGCCAAGUCAAGUCUGAAGGAUCUUGUGAUGAAGUUUCCAACAUAUAGAGUCAUAGUUACUGAACAUUCCCUUGGUGGUGCUAUAGCGUCAAUUGCAUCUGCUCAGCUGGUUUUUGACAAUGUCAUUGAUAAAGAUAUGAUUACGCUAUACACAUUUGGUUUGCCGAGAACUGGUGAUUGUGAAUACGCUGUAAACCACGAUAAACUU